GCCCAGGCACUGAUCCUAUUGGCGGAUCCCGCUGUCAAAUCCGGAGGGUCCUGCUCGGAAGGCUCCACUGAUUGGCUACAGGGGUCUGUGUGUGUGUGUGCAGGCAGCGCAGUCUGUUUGAAUGUGCUGGUGACUGAAGAGGAUCAUUUCCAUGGACCAUCUGUCUUACUGGCUGCGCACAAAACAAAGAAGGACCCAGGAUGGUUUUAGUGCAUGUCGGAUAUCUGGUUCUCCCCGUCUUCGGCUCAGUUAGAAACAGAGGAGCGCACUUCACCAGGCAUCAACACAGCCAUGCUACCUCCUGCCGACACUUUCACCUGGGUGCUCCCCAGGCGCCCAUCUCAGCUGAGUUUCCUCUAGGACAUGCCAGCCAGCCCCCGCAGACAGGCCUGGCCACCCACCUGCCCCCGACGCACCAUCCACCCCUCACUGCCCUGCCCGGACCCCCUCAGUUUCAGGAUGUGCCGGGGCCUUCAUUCCUACCUCAGGCCUUACACCAGCAAUACCUCAUCCAGCAGCAGCUCCUCGAAGCGCAGCAUCGCAGGAUCCUCCCACACUCCAGAAGAGCCCAGGAGCGUAUUCCCCUGAACCCUCACAGACUGCGUUCGGGCUACGAGUACUCCCCGCCCCUCCAUGUUCCUCAGCCAAUGACACAACAACCGCGGUACCUGGCCGAAGGCACCGACUGGGAUCUCAGCGUAGAUGCUGGCCUCCCUCACCAUCAGUACCAGCUCCAGCAGCUUCCGCAGCACUAUCAGCAUUACCUGGCCUCCCCUCGAAUGCAUCACUUUCCCAGGAACACAUCCUCUGCACAAGUGGUUGUGCAUGAAAUCAGAAACUACCCAUACCCCCAGCUUCACCUGUUGGCGCUGCAAAGUUUAAAUCCUUCGAGGCACGCCACUGCUGUGCGAGAAAGCUAUGAGGAGCUGCUGCAGCUGGAGGAUCGACUGGGGAGCGUUAGCAGAGGAGCUGUUCAGACAACCAUAGAGAGAUUUACUUUUCCACACAAAUACAAGAAGAGAAAGCCCCUGCAGUUGAAGAUUGGGGAGGAGGAGGAAACAGAUGUUGAUGAAAAAUGUACCAUAUGUUUGUCCAUGCUGGAGGACGGAGAAGAUGUCAGGAGGCUGCCCUGCAUGCACCUCUUCCACCAGGGCUGCGUGGACCAAUGGCUGGCCACCAGCAGAAAGUGUCCAAUCUGUCGAGUUGACAUCGAAACACAGCUGAACCCCGACAGCUGAUGAGAUUCGACACUCUCGUGAUUCAGUCGCCCUCGUGGUGCGAUUCUUGCUUUCUUCCACCCCCGGCUCGCCAGCCUCCCCCACCUUACCCUACCCCACCCCACCUCCCUCGACCUCCUCCUUCCCGUCGGGUGCUUUGCCAAAUGUCUCCAGACUUCAUGUGACAUCACCACCCUUCUGAGUCACGCUUUACUGAGCCAAGCCAGGAAAACUAACUGCACGGAGAGGCCGCAAAGGACUCUCUUUAUAUAGAAGCACAUCCCUCUGGAAGCAAAAGACACACUAACAAACACAUACUCAUAUACACAGGGUUUACUUGUAGCUUGCUGGUCUUACGUGGGGUUGUUGUUGCUGUUGUGGUGUUGUACUGUAGGUAGCCUGGGGCUGUGUAGCAUGUCCUCAAAGCCAUGACUUAAUGUCCUGAGACUAGAAAACACAUAACCCCAGACCUAGCUGGCUACUUUUCUCUCUUCUCUUCAAUCUCUCUCUCUUGCUCUCUUUUUACACACACACACACACACACACACACACACACACACACACACACACACACACACACAAAUAUAUAUUUCUCUCUUUUUAAACACAAUCAAAAUGAAUAUUCUGCCACGCAAGAAAGCUUAACAGAAUCUAAAUGCUCUGAUGCCAUGUUUACCUAAAGAUCAUUUGUGGUCGUAGUAGAGUAGCAGUAACCAAUAAGUGAGAUCUGGUGCGACCUCCUCGAGGCCAAGCACCAGCUAGCUGGGUGUUUUAAUUCUCUCAUGCAGCUUUUGACAUUUCGCAGUACAGUUGUGCGUUUACCUUGGGCUGGUGUCAUGUGCCGAUGGUGUGAUGUGAUUAGGUCUCAUUCACUGUCAGGGAAAACCCAGUGACUGCGAUGUUUUUGUGUUUGAAAUUGAAAAAGAAGAAGAAGACAAAAAAUAAUAGUGUUUUCACCAAAAUGCAUUAUGUCACAGUGUAGCUUGAAUCUCCGCACAGGUUUUAUGUCCACUGCCCAUGCCAUGUGUCACUUCAAGAGACUGCGUCUCACACAAACGUGUUAGGUGAAGAACACGGCAACUGGAGUGCUUAUACAACACAAAACCAAAAGAAACAAAAAGAAAAAACACAAAAAAACCUGAAAAGGGAUGAACAACAGACGCUAUCAUGCACUGCAGAGCGAGGUGGGAGGAUUUAGCUGCCCUUGUACCUGCAUUUCCAUCUGGCACUAGGCCAGUGGCAGAACAGUGCACACUAAAAAACAAAAAAGGAAGAUUGCAUGUUUCAUUUUUUGGGUUUGGGGCUGUUGGCUGUGGUAGCGUUUCUUCACUUUUAAAAGGUACAGAGACGCCUGUGCAUGACUUAGUUAAUCUGAGCUGUGACUAUCUUCUGAACACUAACAAAUAUUAAUAAUAAUAAUAAUAAUUUUUAAAAAGUCAGUGGUUUGCUCCCCUGACUUGUAGCGCGUGUCAUCCGGUUCCCUUUGGUGGCGACCUUGGGAUCCUGUUUUUUGAUGUUUACCUUAUUGCCUAAAGAACAAGCACAUGUGACGAUAGUUAUAGCAACAAAAGUUUCUCCUCGGCAUCGCGUUUGGUUUAUAUAUAGGUACGGAUUCAUGCAGUGUUUUGAGCUGGGAGAGGAGCUUGCGUAUUGAUCUUGUGUUAUAUUUGUGUGACAGACCUCCCCUCGUGGUUGCUAUGCUGGUUGCUAUGCUGUAUUUGCUAGAACAUGUAGAAACGUGGUGCGACGGAGGCAGCCUCCCUCUCACAGUGCACACAGACACGAGACGACAGGACAGCAGGAAAGCAUUCAGGCUGUUAAAACACACACUCUCUCCAUCACCAUUUCUUCUCUCUUUUUUUUUUACCCUUUGUGUCAGCUUGUCACUUCAGUUCCACAGAGCUGUGUGUGUUUGUGUGUGUGCGCGUGUGUUACAGGACGCCUUUAGGACCCUCAUUGUCCUCUCUGCACUGUGAUAGCAUAUAACAAGGGUAACACUUGGCCCAGAGACUCAAUUAACAAGGCUUACUUCUUCCUGUCUUGUGCACUGCCAGUGUUGACACUGCCUCCUCCUGUAGUGGAGUCAUCCGUGAUGAAAGUUGUCAUAGUUUACACAGGGUGUUGUCAGUUGAGAUGCCUUAAGUAUUUAACAAUCAUAAUUUAUUACUAACUGUAGAUACUGUGGGUAUGUAUUUAAUUUUAUAUAGUUUUUUUUUUCUUUUUCUGGAGUUGGGUUGACUGAAUCAUAAUUUAUUUAUUUACAAAUAUAACAUGAAAAGGCUAUUAAAAAAUGGAUACCUCAUGUUUUUUGGUUGCAUUGUUUUAAAUGGGAAUGCUUUGCAUGCAGUUGUACUUUUUCGGAACACUAAAAGUAAAAAAAAAGAGGAAAAAAAGUUUUGCUGUUUGAUCUCCACAAGCUGGCUGUGCGUUUACUGACCAAGGCUGAGCUACUGAGCCCGUUCUCUCUCUUUCUCUCUCUCUCUUCCUGUCUUCUAUGUCUCUUUUUCUCUUUCAUGUGGUGCUGUGGAUCUUGGUUACAUUCCAUUCAAUGCAAUCUCUCCAAUCCCCCAUGCUGUGAUGUAGUGAACAAACUGCAAGUGAAUUGGUUUUGGUUUGUGACAAUUUUUUUCUUUUUUUUUUUUCUUUCUUUUGCACUAACUUGUUUAAAAUGGGAACCCUCUCACUGGCAAAAAAAAUAUUUUAGAUUAUUUAAAUGAACUGGCUUUUAUUUUUUUAUGCUCUGCUUCUCACACAAUGCACUAAGGGUCUUAAUGAAACAUGUUCCUUUGUUUUAACUCUUUGUGUUAUCUCUUCAGUUGUCAUCUCUCUAGUGUUUCUCUGUUCGUUGGUUUCUUAUGUUGUUGUUUUUUUCCCCGAAAUGCUUUGUAGAUUUAAGCAUAACAAGUGCCUCGCUUUAAGUGUUAGGGGAUAUUUCCAUAUAACGGAAACCAUGAACAACAAUCAGUCCAUCCACCAUGCCUUACUGGUUGCUUAGUUAAUUAAGUGAAUGGAAAACGAAGGAGCUGAGACAACAUUUGACUAAAGCCAUUAUAAUCAAUCAAUCCAAGUCAAGCUGUCCAAAAACUAGCUGCCGGUUUGUAGUACCGAAGCACUGCAUUGCUGUGGAAAUAGCUCUGACUAUAAAGAGGCAUGUUUCACCGUGGGCUUUACAGCGGUCCUUUCGAUGUACUUCUCCAUUCUGUUUUCUCCUCUUCUUUCCGUCUCCGUUUGAUUUUACCGUCCGUCCCUCCUCUCCGACUCUCUCUCUGUUUGCUUUCACAGUCUAAAAAAGGAAGGCAAGGAUUUAAAGCACAACCUUUUCUAAAGAACAAAAAACAAAUGCAUGUUUUCUCAGGUUUCAGUGUAGUCGCAAUGGUUUCAUAGUAUAUGGUGAAAAUAUAUACAAAGAAUAUAACAGAAAAAAAAUUAUAAAUUUUGUUGCUGCUUGAAUCUGACAAAAACCAACAAGUGAAGAGAAACUAUCCCAAAAAGUGCCAGUGAAAGGGCUGCCGCCAUCCUUGUAUGAAAACCUGCUGUUUAGCUGUGACUGCGCAAUGUUUUUUCAAAAUAGGAUAUUUUAUCUGAAAAUAGAACUAUUUAUCAUUAAUAUUAAAGCAAUAGCGCAUUAAAAUGGUUUUGAGCGUGUUGAUGAUGAAGUGGAUGAGCCUGUUAUGGGUAAAUGUUAGAUUUACAUUUGGUGGAAUUUUGUACUUUAUUUAUUAUUACUACUACUAAUAAUGAUGAUAAUGAUCUCAAAGGUUGCAUUGCUAAACCCAAACUGUUCUGUUUUUAAUUUUUAUUUUAUUUCAUGGCUUGUAUAUUAUCCUUUUAUAUGUGCUCUUUUUGUAAUAAACUUGGUAAAAUGGAAGUGAA